UCAACAAUAGUGAAACUCCUUAUUCCUUUAUUUAAACUACCGUACUUAAUUCUUUGAACCUACCUUGUUACCUAUAUCUUGUUUCAAACUAUGGCAUCAAAAAGAAUUAGAAGCGGACGGGCGACGGAUGCGCAAUUAGCGGCAAUGGUGCAGUUUAUCGAAACACACAAAGGGAUUGCGGAAGGGAAAUUCCUAAUUAUGAAUGGAAAGGAAGAACUCCGUAAAAAAUGGGAUCAACUGGCAAAUACUUUAAAUAUGACCAAAGGUGCAACCAAAACCACAUCUCAAUGGCAAGUAACUUGGAGAGAUAUGAAAAGUCGAACAUCACAGAAAGCACGUAAAAUUAGAAAUCAGCGUAAUGCAACAGGCAAUAAAGAAAUUGACGAAGUUCCAUUGACACCAUUAGAGCUAAGAGUCAUUGGAAUCAUUUGCAAAAACUACGUUGAAGGUAGCUCUGACUGUCCUGAUAGCGUUCCCGAAGAAUGGGUAUUUAUUAUAUAG